CUAUCCUUGUUCCCUCUCACCUGUUUCUUCAUUAGAGAGAGAGAGUGUGACAUUUGGAGAGAGAGACUGACAUUUGGAGCGAGAGAGAGAGGAACAAAAGACAAAGGGGGGGAAACUACAGCCCAAGCUAAUAUUGAAACUAAGCACGGCUAUAUACGUCCGGUUGUUCGUAGAGAGAGCGAGAGGGAGGUAUAAGCGAAACCCUAAGCACAGAGAUCUAUAACGAGGACUCCAGUUGAUGCUGAACUGAUUCUGGCCAAUGAAGUGGUGUGGGUACCUCCUCUACUAGGACUUGAUACUUUGAUGACAAAACAUCAGUUUGCCGUUGUGUUUUCUUCUCCUAAGAGGACCCCAUGGAGCUUAAAGUUUCAUCUCCAAAGUCAGGUCUUUCACCUUCUGAUUGUGCCAAUGACCCUGAGGAUAAAGAAAUUAGUGAUGAUGACGAUGAUCGUAACCAUAAGCAUCGAAGGCGGGAGACACGAUCUCAAUCUUCGGAGAGAGAUACUCUUGAACAAGUUUUAACAAGAUCAUACAGAAAGCGGAACAAACUAUAUGAAAAUGGUCACCUUUAUAGGGAAGGCAAUUCUCAGUCACAUGAAACCUGGAAAAACUAUAAUAUUGCUCAUAUGUCGAAAGAUCUCCCUGCAAAGUUUGAAAAAAGACGUCCUGGUUUAGCAUCAUUUUCCCGAGAUCCACUAGAUUUAAACCAAAGAAUCAGGGUGAACCAAUCAUUAUCUGGUGACCCUGAUCCUGGUAGGGGUAGAGGAAGAGAACCUGGUUUCUGGAGCCAACGUGAUUCUAGGUUUAGCACAGUUGAUAUUGCAUCUCAAAUGGUUCCGCUGGGUUCUGUUCCUCCUAGUCUUUUUGCAGGGAGGGGGGUACCAAAUGUUUCAAACACACAGAGUGCAUCUUGGAAUGCAUUUGGAUUGGUUCCAGGAAUGCGGAAUGGUGGUCUGGAUAUAGUACAUCCCCUUGGCUUGCAGGGAAUGCUCAGACCACCCAUCAAUCCUUCAAUGAAUAUAGGCAUUCCACGCCAACGAUGUAGAGACUUCGAGGAGCAGGGCUUUUGCUUAAGAGGAGACAUGUGCCCAAUGGAGCAUGGUGUUAAUCGUAUUGUUAUUGAAGAUGUACAGAGCCUUUCACAAUUUAAUCUCCCUGUUUCACUUCCAAGUGCACACAUGCUGGCGAUGCCCGCUGGAUCAGGACCUUUGUCUGCCAUUAGUGCUCCUUCAAGUACAAUUAUGAAAAGCAAAGUGGUACAUGGCAAAAGUAGCAAGCCUGGAAUGGCUGAUGAUGGAUUGGGCUUGAAAGGUGAUUUCAUGGGUUCUGCUGUUGUAGGUGGAACUGAUUUCUAUGAUCCUGAUGAGCCUCUAUGGACUAAUAAGUGUCCUGAAACAUCAACUGUGCCUUUAGAUUGUAAUCCAUCUGAUGAUGAUGAAACUGAGUCAUUGUUGGGUGCAGAACCUUGUGGCCAUCAUCAUGUAGGGUUGUGCAAUGGCUGUGACAGUGAGCAACCUGUUACAAAAGUUGGGACUGCUGUAGGAUCUCAAAGUACAAGUCAGACUGUGUGGGAAAGAAUUGGUAGUUCGAAGAAUAGAUCAGAAAUGAAAGAGAAUUUGAAUUCUACGAGGAUGUCCUCAAAUUCUACAGAAAAUGAAGCGAAGGAAGAUGAGGAGCCAUUGUAUAAUGCUCAAGGCACUGCCCAUCAAAGGAAGUGGAACCAUGUGGAUGAUGUUGGCCCACAAGCCAUUGGCUCUUCUAGGCAAAGUACCCGAAAACCAGCUCAAAAGGCACUACGUACUCUAUUUGUUAAUGGCAUUCCCCUGAAAAACAACAGAAGGGAUACCCUUUUAUCGCAUUUCCAGAAAUUUGGAGAGGUCAUUGAUAUUUAUAUUCCAUUCAAUACUGAAAGAGCUUUUGUUCAGUUCUCUAAGAGAGAAGAAGCAGAGGCUGCUGUAAAAGCGCCUGAUGCUGUAAUGGGUAACCGCUUUAUUAAGCUAAUGUGGGCUAAUAGAGACAGCAUUCCUGAUGAUGGAAUGAGUAGCAGCAAUAGUAUGACAGUUGGUUCAGUUCCACCUCAAUCAUCUGGUGCUAACAGAGGAAAAGAUGUUAUUCAGUCUACACCUUUCAAGAGUAGUGUUGCCCAUGCUUCUGUCAUUCCUGUGCCAGCCUCUGAUCAUCCUAAGCCUGUGGUAGCUAAUGGUCCCAGAGCCCAACCUCCUUCAAAAAAGAAGCUGGAUGAAAUAGAGCUUUUGAAGAAGGAAGUCCGCAAGAAGCAAGAGAUGCUUGAUCAGAAACGGAAUGACUUGCGGCUGCAAUUGGAUUUGCUUGAGAAACAAGGUAAAGGUCUGAAAGGUGAGGCAUCAUCAGAGCAGGCCGCUAAAAGACAUAAAGCUGGUGCCGUAGCUGAUGUUGCAAAAUUUGCAGCUUCUAGAUCCGUUGAUCCUGGUACUGUUGUAUCAUCACUGCAAGCUGAAGUGGUUAAUGAUAAUGGCAAAGCUGCAGAGACUCAUAGUUCCAAAUCAAGUUCAAUUGUGGCUCUGCCGGAACCCUCAAGCGUGAAAUCUUCAAUUCGUCCAUUGGCUUCUGUAGGGGCAGCUUUUAUCAAUAGAUUCAAAUUGGACAACCGUCCCACUGCAUUUAAGAUCAUUCCACCUUUGCCAACUGGUCUUACUAAUGUUGCUGCUUUGAAGGAACACUUCUCUUCAUAUGGCGAUCUUUCUACUGUGGAGCUAGAAGAUUUAGAUUCCCAGGAUGGAGGUAAUGUCUCUGAGACAUCAAAAUGCUCGGCUCAUAUAUCUUUCAUGACGCGACGUGCAGCUGAGAGGGCAUUUUUGAAUGGGAAAUGCUGGCAAGGUCACGAUUUGCAGUUUGUGUGGCUUACGUCUAGUAAUCCUGCCAACUGUAGCAAGGAUGUCGGUGGCAGAGAAAGUCCGUUGUCUUCUAAAGGGCCUUCAGAUGCUAACAUGAUGCCUACAGAAGAAGCAUCCACUGGUUCUGGAAAACAACCUGCCUUGGAAAAUGAAAAAUCUGGAUAUAUUGCAAGAAGAGAGGGCGAUUGUGACCGUAGGGAGCUCGAUGGACAUUUUCAUUCCAGUUCAACCACAUCAUCAUCUGAGAAACAGCCACUUUAAGGUGGUGUUUCUUGUGGAUAGACUAAUUGCCAGAGUUGUACAUUGAGGUAAACGAAAAAUCCAUUUCAAGUCUAAUUCAGAUGUUUUAGCAAUUGUUAAAUUCUGCUUUUCCAGUUUUGUCUUAUGUUAUAUUUGGGAUAUGUAUAAAGGGGGAACCUUCUGAUCAACUGCCAGCUUUGAACGAUAGUUGGUUAGUUGUAAUGAAUGUAUUAUCUUUUAAAAGUGUAGGUAUGUCCAGAAUUAAAGGUCGCAGGUUCUGUGAAAAUAAAUUGAGAGGUGACAUUAUUCUGGCUGUGGUGUCCUUGCCUGUCUUUCA